GCCAAUGGGGAAGCGCUACGCCCUCGAGUCUCCGUCGGUCCGGGCCGCAUAAAUUCCUGAACCAGUCUCAGUGUGUUGGUAGCAGUCAACUAAGUUCGAAGUACGUCGGUUGUCGGCAGUCAUCCAAGCAAAAAUGGUCUACGAAAUCAAGGACAAGGAAGAUUUUGACAAGCAGCUAGAAGAAGCAGGUGACAAGCUUAUCAUUGUCGACUUUCAUGCCACCUGGUGCGGCCCAUGCAAGAUGAUUGCCCCCAAACUGGAGGCCAUGAGCCAAGAGAUGACAAACGUGGUGUUCUUGAAGGUGGACGUUGAUGAGGUAGAGGAAGUUGCUGUUACCUACCAGAUCACAUGCAUGCCCACCUUUGUCUUCAUCAAAAACAAGGAGAAGAUUGAUCACUUCUCUGGAGCUAAUGAGGCCAAGAUUCGAGAAUACCUGGAAAAGCAUCAGUAGAGUACUUACUGCUUUGUAGCUUCAAAGUUGUUCUGGGAUCAUCAGCUUUAGCCAUCAUACCUCCCUACUUGUUUUUGUUUUUCAUAUGCCAGGCAGGCAUUUCUUUCAUUCUUUUAGCAAUAAAUUUUAGAAGUUUCAA